UUUAUUUUCCCCUUAAUUCUUAUUCUCUCUUUCUUCUUCCUUCGUUCUAUAAUAUAUAUAGACAAUUUGCUAUCGCCCUCAGGAUGAAAGGAGGCCCUUACAAACUGAGGUGGAGGGCUAAAGAGUUCUCUCUGGCUCUCAUUGUUCUUUUAUGUACAACUAUUGUGAUUUGGGCAUGGGACAGAAGUCCAACACUUACUUCAGCACUAUCAUCAAAAAAUCAGUUGCAGCUCCCUCCAGAUAUUAAAACAGUACCAGUAGAUCCCAAAAGACACGUGAAAGAAGAUAUUUCUACAUUGACACGGAGUGAGGCCGUAAAUAACAAACGGGAACAUCAUUUGGAUAACCCAUAUUCUACUGGUACUGCCAAAAGUUAUUCAGACUUUGAAACAGUUCCUAUACAGAAGAAAGAAGAGGAAGCAACAAAACACAAAGGCAGUCCCAAAAGAGAGAAAACUGGUGCUAUUGAAAAUGGAUCAGGCUCAUCACAGAUAGAGGAAACACACAAUGUAAUUUUAAGAGGAAGAACUUCAGAACAAGAAGAAAAAACAGUGGAACGUCAAGCCUGUGAUUAUACAAAAGGGAAAUGGGUUAUAGAUGAUAGACGGCCUCUGUAUUCCGGGCUUGGUUGUAAACAGUGGCUAGCACCAAUGUGGGCUUGUCGUAUGAUGCGGCGUCAAGAUUUUGCCUUUGAGAAUCUAAGGUGGCAACCAAAAGAUUGUGAAUUGGAAGAAUUUGUACGGUCAGAGUUCUUAAAAAGGAUGAAAAACAGAACUCUAGCUUUUGUUGGAGAUUCAUUGGGUAGGCAGCAGUUCCAGUCUCUAAUGUGCAUGAUCACAGCUGGUAAAGAAAGCCCGGAUGUCCUCGACGUUGGCCCAGAGUUUGGACUUAUCAUACCACCCGGUGGUAAACGCCCUAAUGGUUGGGCUUACCGAUUUCCCAGCACCAAUACUAUUGUCCUGUACUAUUGGUCUUCAACUCUCUGUGAUUUGGAGCCUCUUAAUCCCGAGGAUCCACAUACAGAAUAUGCAAUGCAUCUCGAUCGACCUCCAGCAUUUCUGCGCGAUUUUCUCCACAGAAUCGAUGUCUUGGUUCUAAACUCUGGGCAUCAUUGGAAUCGAGGAAAACUUAGGGCGAACAAGUGGAUCAUGUAUGUUGGGGGCAAGCCUAAUACCAACAGGAAGAUAGCCGAUAUGGGAAGUGCCAAGAACUUCACAAUCCACAGCACAAUUAAAUGGCUAAACUCUCAACUUCCGAAACAUCCUCAUCUGAAAGCCUUUUAUCGGAGCAUCUCCCCGAGGCACUUCGUAAACGGGGAUUGGAACACCGGGGGAAGCUGUAACAAUACCACUCCUAUGUCUAUAGGCAAAGAAGUACUCCAAGAAGAGUCUAGUGAUCAUGGUGCUGCCAGCGCUGUGAGGGGCACAGGGAUUAAACUUCUCGAUAUAACAGCAUUGUCUCAGGUCAGGGACGAGGGCCACAUAUCUCGGUUCAGUCUGACGGCAUCACCUGGAGUCCAGGACUGCCUGCACUGGUGUUUGCCCGGUGUUCCUGACACAUGGAAUGAAAUCCUCUUCGCAUUAAUAUAGUCUCA